CGCAAUUUUACUCAUAGUGUAGAAAGAGAGGCACAAAUUACCUUUUUUACUCACUCACUUCUUGCAAGAUCUCUUUUGUGGCGCGGGAGAUUGCUCGCGCGAACUGCAGUCGUUCGGUUCCGACUAGUCUGCGUCCGACUGCAUGUACCCUCAUCUCUCCCAGUUUUAUGCCACAACUUUGGUUCCACUCUUCAUUUGCAGAAGUUCUCUUCUGGCCAGCCGCUCUUUUUGGCUGCUUUUCUGGCCUGUUCACCCGUAAACUUUUUUUCAGGGCUUUUCGACUUGCGGUCUGUGGCCCCGCCUUUGCGACGAGUUCGCGCCUUUCUUCUCGGUCGACCUUCCUAACCUUGCUUUUGUCACGCUGACAAGUUCAACUGAGACCAACGUCUAGAGUUGUUUCUCUCUUUUUAACUAUCUUUCCUUCUUCGUGAGUGCCGGAGAAGUGCGUUUUCCCCGCUCUUUGCAUGUCUCGAAGUGUGGCGUCGAUGUCUGCUUGCGCUGGCCACAGUGCAAGCCAAGGCAGCUCGUUUGCUCCCUUUUUUCUCUGCUGUUAUUCUUGUUUCUUUUAACAUCAUAAAAGAGUCCUCGCAGUUUCCGCAUUCGAGGCUCAGAAUUUGGCGUCGAUUCUGCACUGGAAGGAGGACGCGAAUCGUCCUGUCCAAAAGAGUCCUCGUUUACUUCUCCGCACGGAAACAGAGUCGCUUUGUGUCCAUAUUUGUUUUAGUUUGGGAGAAGAUGAGGUUCUUCUUCAGCCGUUCCUUCGUCGGAGGAGCGAAAGCGUCGAGCUGACCGAGUACUAUGGACCCUGUACCCAACAUGAAGUCCGAGUUAUUGCCUUUUCUCCAUGUAUCGGAUUUUUCGGAAAACCAGUUGUCUAGUCCACUCUCGUCAAACAGUGCUGUUCUGUCCCGAGUUUUGUGCAUUUCCACCCCUCGUGCGUCUCUUGCAUUUUCGCGUGCUUCUGAGUUUUCUCAGCGAUAGGUCAAUCCUCCCCCCUGCGUUGUGGUUUUUCUGCGUUGUCGCCUGGUUCUGCAUUCUCCGGCCGUCUUCUUUUCCUGCGUAGCCUCGCGUCCUCUCAGCGUGUGCGUACUCCCGUGUUUCCGCUCUUCGCCUAUCACGCGAACUUGUCAUGUCCGCCUGACUGGGAGCGUGAGAGCUCCUUUAAGCUGUAUCUGACUCUCUUUUUUCCACUGACAGCGGCCUUGGCUCUUCCCCGGUUUCGCUUGUGCCACAAUGCUGGCGCCGUCGAACGGGUCUCAGGACGGGACGGCGAACGCGGCCCUUUUGUCUUCGAAUUCCUUUGCGCAGUCUGCGAUUUACAAUUCUCGAUGCUCACCAGACGCCCACUUCCCGCCCCCCCGGGGGAUCCUGGAAAGUGUGCCUCCGCCGCUAGGUCUCGGCUCUCCCCAGAGUCCCGCAGACGACGCGGAGCGCGCCUCGCAGAAGAUCUGGCGGAGCUACUUGUAUGGUCAGCUGGCGAACGUGACGAAGGCUGCAGUCUGGUGGUCCAUGUUUGGCACACUGAUGAUUUCCCUCGUCGGCAGCGACAACGCCGUGGGCAUCACCCGAGCUGCGUUCAACCUGGCUCUCGUCCUGGUCUCGCCGCUCGCGGGAGCUGUGGCCGAGCGCGCGAGCAUUCGGCGUCUCCUCGCGACGACCACCGUCACGCGCCUCCUGAUUUGGAGCGUGGCAGUGCCCGCGGCCUGGAUCUUCUUCAAGAAUGACCUCGACCGUCCGGAUUUGUUUCUGCUCUCUCUCGUCGCCCUGAUGUUCUGCGAUGGCGUCCAAGUCGCGUUUGCGAACGUCGUAGACAUCGACUGCGGCGGCCUUGACACGCUGAGUGCACAGUACAGCCUGCCGAUCGACGACAGGCUGCGAAACAGACUGAAUGGAUGUCACCAGAUGGUGUUUGACCUCUCCUUCAUUCUGUUCACGCCGCCCAUCGCCUUCGGGGUGUACAUACUGUCGCAGCACCUCAGCCACCUGCUUCCCGAAGCGUGGCUGCCGUAUCUGGGCAGCGACCCCGGCGUCUUCUCCCUCGUCUCGAGCAUGAGUUUCAUCUUUUGCGUUUUGUCUGCGAUCUCGCUCGGCUGCUAUUUGUUCGGCUUGCCGCGGAAAACUCUCUUCUACGGCGAGAGCAGCAGCGACGAAAGCUGCUACGAGGGCAGCGCGGGCGGGCACCCGGGGACGGACCGCAGACGCUCGGGCGGUGGGGCCGCCUGCCCGCGGGGCAAUGGCCUCCUCGCGGACACAGUCGAUAACUACAGUGAAACGAGCGAGACGCACACAGACCUGUCCAGCGCUCACACUCUGUCUCUGUUUCAGGAAACUGUGAGUCGGUUGGAGGACGUGAGAGACGGCUUUCUAAUUGUUCUCAAGGAGAAGGAGCUCGGCUGGCGCCUCGUUUUCCUUGCUUUCGAAACUGCGCUCGAAGACUCUAUGGUCUCGGUCGUGAUUCCGGAACUCGCGCUGCGGUGCUACGCCACGACCUUCGCCAUGCUGGCUGCUGGGUUUGGCGCUGACACCGUUUAUCAUAGCGCUCCAUCAUCCCCUCCGACUGGUGUCCCCGUUUUCGGGGAGGGUCUUGCCAACGGCUUCAGCGUUAACGGUACGAGCUCCGUGUCGGCUGUCAACUCUACUUUAGCUCCCUCCUCGUCCGCCGUUUAUUUUCCCUCCGCGGAACCGGUUUCUGCCUCGACCUUCGCCGGCCUCGCGGGGCUGCCGCUUGCCUUCUCUCUCCCGUCGUUCGACUUUCUCUUCUCGACUGCAGAGUUGCCGCUCUCCGGCUCGCCCAAUCGCGCGUACGCAAAUCUCUGGGCCGUGGCCAUCAUCGCAGUCGGAAAGGUCGGCGGCUGUCUCGCGGGCUUCUACAUGAACAGAAGGUGGGUCCCACCGGCCUCGUACAGCCGCGACUCCGCGUACUGCCGCCUGUUUUGGUGUGUGUUGGCGUCGUCGCUCUCAGUCGCGCUGCUCCCGCUGUCACACUUCCUCUUCCUCCACAACCUUGCGCCUGGCUGGCUCUGCGCGGGCCUCGUCUUCCUCUCGGCUUUCGCCUUCUUCCUCUUCUCGACUGCCCCGAAAAUCGGCUUCGCCACUCUCCUCCAGGGCCUCGUCUCCUCCCAGCAAGUCGCGUGCAAAGUCUUCGGCUUCGUUGGGACCUUCGUCACAGUGACCGACGCCGUCGUGAUUGCAUGCAUCAACUUGAUCUUCACGGCCUUCCCCGCCACGCACUUCUUCGCCUCUCUUUUGUGCGUCUCGGGAAUCUACCUCCUCCACGGCCUCGUCGAGGCCUUCAUCGGACCCCGCCUCAUUCUGGAGCCUCCGCGGCGCCGCGGCGGACCACAGGCACCCGACCUCGCCGCGCAUGGGCGCGAAAUCGUUAUGGGGUCGGUUGCGACUCCAGUGGCAGGAUCGACAGGGGAUUCCUCAGCGUGGGCUCCACGACCUGGCGAAAGGAGUGCACAUGGCCUGCUAUCCGCGUACCAAGGAGACGCAGGCACAGGCGUCUACUGGACAAGAGACCUCGGGGCGGACACAGGGGGGAACCCAUACCCGGUCGCAGCUGACCAGCAACAGCGGGGCUCGAAGCGGGGCCGAUGAUCGGAAUGGCGGAAAAGAAAAUGCGAUUUUUCGUGGAAUAGACUCGUGACUCAGCGUGGUGGAUCGGCAGCGAGCGAGUCUGGCGCCAGCCUGCCAAGGAAUGUGAAGGAGAGAGGGGAGAUAUUAUGUGGAGAGUUCUCCCGUUUUUUCCGAGUUUCCGUUUGAAACCGAACAAGAGUCGUGUGCGAGCGAAGAGGGACCGAAUCUCCUUCUGCCGACGGAGGAGGCUCCGUCGGAGUCGAGGGUGUUCAGUCAUCCAGCUUGUGCCGGCAGGAAAGCCGCUUUCGUCGGCUCUUCAAGCGGCAGAAGUACGUUAGGUAGAGUGGUUCGAAGCAUUCGCAGGUCAAGAAGUACCUGCACUACGGCCACGAGUUUCGAGCCGUGGAAGUUUGCAGCAAGGCUUUUCCCUCAGCGCAUUCGUGUUACUGAAGAAAACGUCCCAGGCUUCCCUGUGCGUCGCAGCAGUGUCUGCGCGCACUGGGGUAUGCUUACACCGCGGAUAUCUGCCGGAUUCGCGUCACCACUCUGCCAACAUGCAGCGAUUUGUUAGCAGACCUGUGGAGAAGGCCUGGUUUUUCUCGCGAGCAUGUCGGCAAAAAUGCCACGGGUUUUCAGGCGCGCUGGCAGCAUUCACACCCUCUCUCGUGCCGUGGUCAAUGUAUCUGGGAACGCCCUCUGUCCAGUUCCACCGGGUGCGGUUGUUACAAAGCCUAGUAGAAACCAGACAGGAAUGUACGACUAGGUGGAGCUAGAUUCCAUGUUCCACAUUAUAAAAUGGGAUGCCUCUGUCGUGUUGGCCCGUGGCAAGCGGUGCGAACAUCCCGGUGGCUCUUGCUCCGUCAUCCCUGGUUGUGCCCAUAUCUAUUAUCCAUGUGGCAGGACCGUGGAGCAAGAUUUUUUGAGCUUAUAACUCGUGCUGUCUCACAACCCGCAAGCUUUCUCGAAUUCCUCACGUCGUUCACACAAAUUUAUAAAUCUGUUAGGGAACUGACGGCCGGACGCGACAAUCUCAACGCAACAACUCGUUGCUUUUGUGCUCUGCAAAACUAUUUCCGGCAGCUGGUCCGAGAACACUCAGCGUGACCACUCCACUCGUGCGAGAAUGGCUAAGUGCCGAAGCGCGAGAAGCUCACAGUUUUCCCGGUUGACCGCAUGCAGACUUUCUGCAGACUAAAUCGGGCUUUCCUUGCUGCCACCAAAAGUUGGAUCCUUCAGUUGCAUUGGAGUCUAGCAUCGCCUCUCGGUACAACGGAAAGGCCACGCCAUCUUACAAGCCAGCCCUCACGAGAUUCUCAUUUGGACACGGCGCACUCAGCAGUUGCCGUUCGUGCUACGAAAAAGAGACUGCGAGGAGGUAGUUGUAGGAGCAGCUACCGGCAGCAAGGAGUCCUCCUGCCUGCUUAAGCAUUUGAAAAGUGCUACCCACUCCAUCCACCUGUCACUGUCCGUGAGGCGUCUCAUUUAAAAUGAUCUGCGAGUCAUUGUUGCCUGUGUGCAAGUAACCAAUGGUCACCGAAAGCAUGCAAACGUGUGGACAUUAGAGAGACAGCUUCACCCACCUACAGAACAGGGCAGCUGGCGAACAGUGAUGUGUGCCGUCUCGCUGAUACUCUGCGCAGGCUGCUUGUACACUGAAUUAGACCAAACGUUCCCGCAUCGGGAAACCAGUUGUGGCCGCAGCCUCAAGCGGACCAGACUAGCGGUAACGGGCGUUCAAGGCGGUGUGAGCGAUCGUUCGGCCUAAAUUCCUGCGUCGAGUCAUUGCAAUUCAGUUUAUCGUCUCUGCCACUUAGGCUCUGGACACGUGCAUCUCAUGUCAGGACUAGCAACGCGCAAACUAUCAUCAACGGUGAAGUGCUUUGUGGCAGGACGGGCACAUAUCUGACUAGAGUUUGUGAACAGAAGCAUAGAACACCCAAAGUCUGAUGAGGAGUCGAUUCUCUACUUCCUGUCGGUUUAGCUACAACUCGGGUGCCAAUGAAAAAGUGAUGUGUUUCUUCCAAAAUGAAAUGCCUUGCGUUGGCGAAGUGCUGCCCCAGUGUCUGUAGACUUGCUGGAGUGGUCAACUCGGC